AUGUUGAAUAACAAUUCUAACUCUUGGAAGUGUAUCUUCUGUAUGAAGGACUUUCAUGGUGGGAUUUCACGUCUCAAGCAACACUUAAGAGGGGACCAUAGGAAUGCCAAAGUUUAUAAAGUAUGUCCACCACAUGUGAGAGAGGAGUUAAACAGACACAAGAAGAGGAAGGAUGACAAGAUAGCGGCUCGUAACAUGGUUCUCCAAGUAGAAGAAGAAGGUCUUGACGAGUAUGAUGAAGACGGCGAAAAGGAAAGUCAGCCGCGAUGGUCUGUCCAUGCUAAGAAGAGGAGAGUUAGAGGUCCAUUGGACAUGUAUGUGACUACUCCUCCGCCUGAUAUUUUUGCAAUGGCUAAGAAAGACAUUGUCAACUUCUUAGUUAAUUCUCCUAAAGGUUCUGUUUUCAUGAAGUUGAAAGAUGUCUCAGAAGUGGUGAAAGAUGCGACAUUGUUGUUUAAGAUGCUAUAUGAGAUGGUUGAGGAGAUUGGAGAAGCUUAUGUAGUUCAAGUUAUCACAGACAAUGCAAAGAGCUACAUAAAAUCUGAUAUGAAAAUUGCUUGA